AUGGUCGCGCCGGCGCACGGCCGCUCAAUGCUGGGGCGGGCGGCUGCGCCUGCGGCCUGCGCGGAGCGUUCGCGGGGCGGCAGCGACACCCCCCGGCCGCAACAGCCGGGCCCGCGCCCGCCCGAUCCCCGAGCCGCUGCCGCCGGCUCCUCACCCUCACGGCACCUCCGCCUGCUGCUGUCAGGGACGCAGCCCGCCUUCCAUGUCUGCCGGGGAGCGGCCGAGAUAAUGUUAGAGCGCUUAGGCGUCGGAAUUAAUUCUUCCAGCUGCAGUUGUUUGCAAGGCCCUUCGCCCCUCCGCCAGCUCCUGCGGGCGGCGCUGGGGCCGCGGCCCUCGCGGCGCUGUUGCGGAGCAACCCCGCGCGUUGGGGGCCGGGCCGGGCGGCAGGAGCGGGGCGGGCUGGGGCUGCCGUGCCGGGGCUCCGGGAGCUGCUGCCGGGAAGGAGCCGGAGCGGGGCUGCUCUCCGAGGGAAGGCGAGCGGCAGCAGCGCAGCCCGCGGCACCAGAAGCGGGGCAUAGAUACCACCGGCUGGGGAGGAGCGUGAGGCGCGGCGCGAUUUGGAUGGAGUCUCAGUAUCUGAAGCAAUGCCUGGGAACUUGCUUGAAGAAAGGACUGGCAGAGGUUGUAGAGCAUCGGCCAGCAGAUCCAAUAGAGUAUCUUGCACACUGGAUUUACAAUUACAGAAGAAACUUAGAUGAAGAAAAAAAGAGAGUACUGGAGAGAGCUGAGCUGGAACAAGAACGGGAGGCAGCCCUAGCAGAACUUGAAAGGUUAAAAAUCCAGGAAGAAGAGCAGCGGAAACUUGAAGAACAACAGGCUCAGUUGGAGAAAGAACGUGCAGAGUUGGAAGCACAGAAGAAGGAAGCUGAAAUGCAGUUGCAGCAGGAAAAUGAAAAGACAAUAGCUGAAGUUACACCUGAGGAGCCAGCUGAGACUGUACCAAGUCAAACAAACCUCCCAACAGUAACAGAAGAAGAAGAGGAGGAGGAAGAAGAAGAAGAGGAAGAAGAAGAAGAAGAAAAUUAGAGCUGACCUGAGAGCAGUAAAUAUAUUUUCUACUCAUUACUUGCUAUCCUGAAGUGUAGUAUCUCGAUUUAUGUAUUUUAUAAAUAUAACUGAUUUACAUAACUGUUU